CUCAGUAGCAGAGCUCCUGCCAAAAAGCUACGCAUACUUGUCAGCAUGUGCAGCCUUCGAGAUUCAACUAGCUUCCCCCGUGCCCGGCCGGCACUCAUGGCUCAGAGAGAUAUGGGGAUAAGGGUGCCCCCCGAGGCAACAGGGCUGUACCGAGCCAUGCUGGUCAAAUCAGCUUCGUUGUACUCUGAAAUGCAGAGGGAUAGAACAGAGAGAGCUGGGGGAGUCAUCGCCCAUCCGGACUACAAGGAUUGGAACGCAGAACUCAUCAAACCCAAGAAGCUGACGAAUCCUGUCAAAGCCUCCAGAAGUCACCAGGAGCUCCACAGGGAGCUCCUCAUGAACCACAGAAGAGGCCUGGGAGUGGACAGCAAGCCGGAGCUGCAGCGGGUCCUGGAGCACCGGCGGCGGAAUCAGCUGCUUAGGCUGAAGAAGGAAGAGGAAGAGGCCAAGAAACUCAAGUCGCCAUUCGAACAGGAGCUGCUGAAGAGACAGCAACGCCUGGAGGAGAUGGAAAAAGAAACCAGAAAGGAAGAAGACCAGGCCCCUGAGUUUAUUAAAGUGAAAGAAAAUCUUCGGCGUAUUGCCACAAUAGCGGGGGAGGAGCAAGUCUAGCAGGUGAGGACAGAGCUACGUGGCAUUCACUAGGACUCCCGGAGCCUCGACCCCAGCAGCAUCCACACCCACCUGUACCCCGGCAUCUCUGUGUACCACAUGGACAUCGGCAACCAGACCUUUGGGACUCCCUCCUCACACUAACGCUUGCUCCAAAAUGCCUCGUGCUGGCUCUGGGUCCAGAACAGGGUCGUUUUAAUGGUCAAUGUACAUGUAGCACUUCCUAGUAGGACUCUUCCCAUGAGGAUGGCCAAGGCGCCACUGCCAGGGCCUCUCCUCCCUGCAGGCACACUAACAUCUAGAUCUCUUCUCUCUCAGUAACAACUCCCAGGUGUAUUCUGAGCAAAGAUCUGACCACAUCUGUUGAAGGAGAGGGAAGGCCCACACCCAAGUGUUUUUGUCUGAAGGGAAAGCUUGAGACUUAGUGAACCAGAUGUCAUUGACAUUAUCAGCUUGAGAGUCACAGCGGUCACUUAGUGAUGGCCUCUCUGUGGUCUGCCCCUCGCUGAUCCACAGAAACGACCUGGGCUUGAAUCUGCCCAGGGACUGUAAGCUAAGAUGUCCUGAUCAGAGCCUGGCCUCGCCUGGUCAAAAUAAAGCUGCCAAGUGUUUGGAAGCCUGAGUUCCCAUUUCCCCCUAGACUGGCCAGCCGUAGGGCUUGAAGUCAGCAGCAUGGAGAUGAUCAUUCUCGGGGUCAGGAUCAGCCACACCUGCUCGGGGGAUGGCAUCACCCUAGGCUGUCAUGACGGGAUUACCAAGAUGCCCUCCCCAGCCCACCCCCUAGGAGCAAGCUAACCUAUCCAGUGUUCACAUCCAAUGUUCACACCUGACUUACUAGGCUCCUUCUGACCAUCCCCUCCAUUUAUAUUUCUGCCUCCUGGGGCGUCUCCUUACCCAGCCACUCCCCAACCCUGAGCUACCUGCACUCUCUCCAGUUCUGUGCCAUUCUGUGAUGCCUUGUAUUAUUGAGAAAACUGGAGAAUGUUUAUCUCCCAGGUCCCCCACCCCUGUUGCUCAAAUUGGCCCCCUAUAUUAUUAUUUCAAACAGAAUUCUGCCCAGAACACUAAAAAUGAAGACAGGAACCACACUUAAAAAACCCCCAAAACUUUAAGGGGCAGCUGGGUGGCACAGAGGAUAGAACACCGGCCCUGAAGUCAGGAG